AUGAUAUUGAUAUUUGGGCUUUUUGUAGACUUCUUUACGUGCCGAUGGAGCACACCGACGAUAUCCUUCCUACGAGCUUAUUUAAUACUUGGUCUGCUGGAGUAUUUAUAUACCUUCGUAAUACCUGGUAUUUGUGCUUGUUGGUCUUCAGGGCGGCAAGGCGGAGUGCUGGUUUAUUAUUCGCAACUGGGACUAAGCUCGGAGGGACUGAGCUCGGAGGGUUUGAGACUUUCUUUCGAGGAUCUUCUCAUGGGCGAGUCCUAUCGAAGCCAGAUGCAUGGAAUACUACUGGUAAUUGUGUUUUUCGUCAUGGUCGCUCUCAUGCGAUCACAUGCCGCCAUUCUUGGCUUGUCGGCGAACUCCAUAAAGUAUUCUGCGCGCGUGAGACUUGAUUUCCAUCGGAUUGCUCUUUUGCAGUUGGGUUCUUUUGUUUCCCAGUUGUGCGCACCUUACAGCGGACACAUACUAACCAUACAGGGUACUGUGACGCGAGUGUCGGCCGUAAGAUCUUGUGAGGUCGAGCAGCUUUUUGAAUGUGACUUUUGCAAACAUCGAUUUUCAGUCCCUGUCAGCCAAGGACAAAAACUUUACUUUGCCGCGCCUAAAACCUGUCCACGGAGCUUGACUUCAGCAAGUACAGCUGCUAAACCAGAUGCAGCGGCUUGCGCGGGCACAUCGUUCUCUGUAGUACAGACGAAACUGCCAAUCUUAAAUGACUUUCAGGAAAUUCAUGUUCAAGACUCUUCUUGGGCAUUUUCUGAAAGAACCAAAACAUGUUUGCAGCUUGACUUGACAUUGUUGGGUACAGAUGGAUGGUUUAAGAAACGACAAAACCAAAGAACAUCGAACAUCAAAGCUCCGCAACGUUCAAUAGCGGUCAUCCUCGUCGACGAUCUGGUUGAUAAGUGCAGGCCAGGCGACGAUAUAUGUAUCACCGUGACUGUUCUGUCACGUUGGCUCAAAGCGAGAUGCGGGCAACGAGCUGAAGUUGAAAUGAUAUGCAGCGCAAUUUCUGUUUCAUAUCUGCCGAAUGGAAUGUUUUGUGAGCAUCAGCGGGCUUGCAAAGAGGACGUCGAUGAUUUUGCAUCAUUCUGGCGUUAUGGAGCACAUCACACAACAGCAUCAAGAUUGGAAGAACCAGCUGCUGCAAAGAUGCAGCAGACAAUCUGUGCAGGUCGUGAUUUGCUUCUUGACAGCUUUUGUCCUCAACUUUUUCAGCUGUAUCCUGCUAAACUGGCGUUCUUGUUGUCGCUCGUUGGCGGGGUCUCGUACAUAGAAUACGAAACAGGAAAUCACAACCGAAACGAGUGCCACGUACUACUGAUCGGCGACCCUGGAACCGGCAAGUCACAACUAUUAAAGUAUGUUGCAAAACUAGCACCUAAAAGUGUCAACGCAACCGGCACAGGAUUAACUUCAGCGGGUUUGACAGCAACGAUGAGGAAAGGAAAGGAUUCAAAUAGUUGGAUCCUUGACGCAGGUGUAUUAGUUCUCGCAGACAGCGGAGUGUGUUGCAUCGACCAGUUCGAAAAGAUUAGCGGCGCACAACUUGCGGCUUUUCAAGAAGCUAUGGAGCAACAGACGCUAUCAAUUACUAUGGAGACCAUGGUAGCACGACUGCAAACCCGUUGCUCGCUGUUUGCAUCGGCAAAUCCUGUUGCAGGCCGAAUCGAUACGGCGUUGUCCCUUUCUGCUAAUACCGGAUUACAAUCACCAAUACUUUCUCGUUUUGAUUGCAUUUUAGUUUUCAAGGAUGACAUGAGCUCUAGACACGAUCGAGCUAUAUCCUCACAUUUGACUUCGCAUAAUCAGCGCAAUUAUGUCGACAAUAUAAAUCACGAACUGUCAGCUAUUGACCGUGUGGAUAAUGAACGAAAAUCUUCUUUGAUGAACCGUCAGGGAUUUUCAUGUCAAGCGUUGAAUAGAGGCAAGGGAUACUUGUCGUUCAAAGCGAAAGAUACGCACGCUGGCAUGCUUUCACAAAAUCGACAUAAAUUGUGGUCAUUUCAACAUGUCAGACGUUACGUAUUGUUGGUGCGUUAUGCCAUUGACCCAGUUCUGUCUAGCGAAGCAGAAAUGCUAAUUCGAGGCUUUUAUCAAGUUUGCCGCCGAGAACGAGCUGGGCUUUCAGCACGGCCAACCAUUCGUCUUCUGGUGAGUUUGAUCCGUCUUUCUCAGGCGCAUGCAAAGCUACUUUGGAACCAGCAAGUUCGCGGCGGAGAUGUGGUUGUUGCUGUGGAUAUCCUUAAAGCCUCGAACGACUAUACACUGCCCGCUCACCUCGGCAGUACAUGUAGCACGCUGAUGCCUGAAGCAAGCGCGAUGUUGCAAAGAGAGAUUCAGCUUAUCGGUGAUAUUGAACGCGUGCUUGGGCCCUCGUGGUGAUGAGGAUGUUAUCAUUUCGCUAUAUGAUUGCAUUUCCCUCAUCAAAUUAAUAUAUGGACUUUUCACCAACGAUCGUACUAGUUGGACUCACUAUUUGUGGUGUACGCAAGAAGUUGCCAAAUACACUUUGCUGAGAAAUGGUUUGCGCGGCUGCGCAGGAUAUCUGUACCUACUCAUGUCCAGCUAACUAGAAGUGAAUCUCAAUUAAACAUUCCGACCAGUGGCUAGUGGCUAUCUUCACACGGCGGAUGAGCCUUUUAAAAUGUGAUAUGACCUUCUGACAUUAGGGCCAACUCCAGGAAAUGUAUUGAGGCGACGUGCAAGCGUGACAGCGGACUAUCUCCUUUUGUCUGUCACAGCAAAGCUGCACGCGAGCAACAAAGUGAUUGUACUGGCAAAACUGAGUAUGCAGGACAGCGAAUUCUCGAGUGGAUUCGUGCAAUUAUGUGCAUCACGCAGAUAACAUUCAACUAUCCGAGUCGACAGUAUUCGAUCCGCAAAACGGGCCUUACUCCCUUUAUUUUUUAGCCCUCGCGUGCACAAGCAGGUCUAUGGGUUCACUCGCAUCCUAAACCUUGUAGGAAAGACACGAUGUACGUUC